AUGGACGCGGCUCGCACGGCGCUUGAGGUAACGAACGGCGUGACUGAGCUGGACCCCGCGGCGGCAUGGCUAUAUGCCCCGGACGACGGUACAUACCAGGCUCUGCUCCAAGCGGCGCCGUGGCGAGAAGACCCUACGUACUUCCAGCAUGUCCGCAUUGCGAUGCCGGCGCUGCUCAAGAUGGUGCUGCAUGCGCGGGCAGGCGGUAACUUGGAGGUGAUGGGGCUCAUGCAGGGCAAGGUGUGCACAAAGACACGCACUUUCUAUGUGCUGGACGCGUUCGCUCUGCCCGUCGAGGGCACAGAAACGCGCGUGAAUGCACAAAACGAGGCAUACGAGUACAUGGUAUCCUACCUGGAGUCGUGCCGGGCUGCCGGACGCACCGAACCGGUGCUCGGCUGGUACCACUCGCACCCUGGCUACGGAUGCUGGCUGAGCGGCAUUGAUGUGGCGACGCAGCGGACGAAUCAGCAACAGGACCCGUUUGUCGCUGUGGUCAUCGAUCCCUGGCGCACCAUGUCGGCGGGCCGCGUAGACAUUGGCGCGUUCCGCACGUUCCCUCCCGGCUAUGAUGCCCAUGCGCAUGCUGGUGCGACCGACAGCGCGCGCGCCGUGCCACCUGGUAAGGCCGACGACUAUGGUGCACAUGCGUCCGAGUACUAUGCACUGGAUGUCUCUUUCUUCCGGAGUGCGCGCGACCGGCCACUGUACGACGCGCUGUGGCAGGUGUACUGGGCGCACGCGCUGUGCACCUCGUCCUCACGCAUGCAGCAGGCGCUUCUGCAGCAGCAUGCCGAGUCGUUCGUGGAUGCGUGCCGCAAGGCAGCGCCUGCUGCUGAGACGGGCACACGCGCCAGUGGGACGCUGGCGCAGGCCGCUCGCGAUGUGCCGCGUGCGACAGGGGGCGGCGACCAGGUGCUCGCGCAGCACCUCAUGGCACGAUCUGCCGACACACCGCUGGCGCGAACUGCUGCAGAGGCCCAGGCCCUCGCACGUCACAUGCAGCACGCGCUGCUCCGGCGGCAGCUCCAGACAGCUCUGUUUCCCUAG